ACGUUUACAGCAUGGUGCAACUCUCACUUACGGAAGGCAGGGACACAGAUUGAAGUAAUUGAAGAAGAUUUCAGAGAUGGACUUAAACUUAUGCUACUACUGGAGGUGAUUUCAGGAGAGCGAUUACCUAAACCAGAGCGUGGAAAAAUGAGGGUGCAUAAAAUAAACAAUGUCAAUAAAGCGUUGGAUUUCAUUGCAUCCAAAGGAGUAAAACUUGUGUCCAUUGGGGCAGAAGAAAUUGUGGACGGGAACGUUAAGAUGACUCUAGGUAUGAUCUGGACUAUCAUACUUCGUUUUGCUAUUCAAGACAUAUCUGUUGAGGAGACCUCUGCCAAGGAGGGAUUGCUGCUGUGGUGCCAGAGAAAGACUGCACCGUACAAGAAUGUAAAUGUGCAGAACUUCCACAUCAGUUGGAAGGAUGGUUUGGCAUUCAACGCACUCAUCCAUAGACACAGACCAGAACUUAUCGAUUACGAUAAGCUGAGGAAGGAUGAUCCACUGACAAACUUGAACAAUGCCUUUGAAGUGGCUGAGAAGUACCUGGAUAUACCCAAGAUGUUGGAUGCAGAGGAUAUUGUAGGCACACUCAGGCCAGAUGAAAAGGCUAUUAUGACUUACGUUUCAUGCUACUACCAUGCCUUCUCAGGUGCUCAAAAGGCUGAGACUGCAGCCAAUAGGAUUUGCAAAGUCCUGGCAGUAAACCAAGAAAAUGAACAUCUGAUGGAGGAUUAUGAAAAACUGGCCAGUGAUUUGCUGGAGUGGAUCCGUCAAACCAAACCCUGGUUAGAGAACAGAGAGCCUGAGAAAACAAUGCAAGCUAUGCAGCAAAAACUGGAAGACUUUCGUGAUUACCGCCGUGUCCACAAACCUCCCAAAGUGCAGGAGAAGUGCCAGCUUGAGAUCAACUUCAACACCUUGCAGACCAAACUCCGACUCAGCAAUCGACCAGCUUUCAUGCCAUCUGAAGGGAAAAUGGUCUCGGAUAUUAAUAAUGCAUGGCAAGGGCUGGAGCAGGCGGAGAAGGGCUAUGAGGAAUGGCUGCUGAAUGAGAUAAGGAGACUGGAAAGACUUGAUCAUUUGGCAGAAAAGUUCAGGCAGAAAGCCACCAUUCAUGAAGAUUGGACCAAAGAUAAAGAGGCAAUGUUGACACAGAAAGACUAUGAAACAGCUACGCUGGCUGACAUUAAAGCCUUGCUGAAGAAACAUGAGGCAUUUGAGAGUGAUCUGGCAGCUCACCAAGACAGAGUGGAGCAGAUUGCUGCUAUUGCACAAGAACUCAAUGACCUGGAUUAUUAUGAUUCUCCCAAUGUAAAUGCACGCUGCCAGACUAUCUGUGACCAUUGGGAUACUCUGGGCUCUUUGACACAGAGCAGGAGGGAUGCCCUAGAGAGGACUGAAAAACUGCAGGAAACAAUUGAUCAGUUAUACCUGGAAUAUGCCAAAAGAGCUGCACCUUUCAAUAACUGGAUGGAGGGAGCGAUGGAAGAUUUGCAAGACAUGUUUAUCGUCCAUACCACUGAGGAGAUCCAGGGUCUCAUUGCAGCACAUGAACAAUUCAAAGCAACAUUGCCAGAUGCUGACAAAGAGCGAGAGGCCAUCCUGGGCAUCCAUAAUGAAAUGAUGAAGAUUGCUCAGUCCUAUAAUAUCAAAUUAUCUGGUGUAAAUCCAUACACAUCUAUCACUUCACAGAGUAUUAAUGAUAAAUGGGAUAAGGUUCAACAGUUCGUGCCAGCGCGGGACCAAGCCUUGCAAGCAGAAUUUAACAAGCAACAGUCCAACGAACACCUGCGUGAGCAGUUUGCAAAUAAGGCUAAUGUUGUUGGACCCUGGAUUCAGACAAAAAUGCAGGAAAUUGGUCGGAUUUCUAUUGAAAUGCAUGGCACAUUGGAAGACCAACUAAAUCAACUGAAGCAGUAUGAGAGCAGUAUCAUCAAUUACAAACCAAACAUUGAGAAAUUGGAGCAGGAUCACCAGCUCAUCCAGGAGGCGCUCAUCUUUGAUAACAAGCACACCAACUAUACCAUGGAGCACAUCCGAGUUGGCUGGGAACAGCUGUUGACCACAAUUGCCAGAACCAUCAAUGAAAUAGAAAACCAAAUCCUCACCCGUGAUGCAAAAGGCAUCAGCCAGGAUCAACUGAAUGAGUUCCGAUCAUCAUUUAAUCACUUUGACAAGGACCAUACCGGGAAACUGGGACCUGAAGAAUUUAAAGCCUGCCUUAUCAGCUUGGGCUACGAUGUUGGAAAUGACCAGCAGGGUGAAGCGGAGUUUGCACGAAUAAUGAGUAUUGUUGCCCCCAACAACACUGAAGAAGUGUCAUUCCAAGCCUUUAUUGACUUCAUGUCACGUGAGACAACAGACACUGACACAGCUGAACAAGUGAUGGCCUCCUUCAAGAUUCUGGCAGGAGACAAGAGUUACAUCACAGCAGAGGAGCUGAGACGUGAGCUUCCCCCUGAUCAAGCUGAAUACUGUAUUGCCCGGAUGGCUCCGUACAGAGGACCUGACGCAGUGCCUGGUGCUUUGGAUUACAUGUCCUUCUCCACAGCUUUAUAUGGUGAAAGUGACCUGUAAUCUGAUCUUUCUACAGCCAGCCCACUCUUAUUUUAUUCCCUCUUUCUCGCACGCGCGCUCUCUCCACCGCCACCUAAAGUCAGUGCUAUAAACAGCAUAUUGGAAUUAGCACAUGCAUUUACUGAAGAACCUUUAUACUGUACAUUCCAUUAUGUCUUAUUAUGACUUUCAGUCUUAAAUCUAUGCAAAUAUUUCCAUUUUCUGUUUCUAUAUUGGGGUGGUAAUACUGCAAACAUUUUUUCCAAACUGUUACAAUUUGGAGAAUAUCAACUAAGUGCCACAGGAACUGUGAAUUUGUCUGGGAAUUUGGAGGUUUUGAUUUUUAAAGUCUGAAAAUUCCAUAGGAAUCUGGCUCCUUUGUAUUUUUCCAACUGUACUUGAUACUGUAAAACUAAAUAUUUUUGUACUAUAAAUAUUUAGUAUUCCUGCUGUUUUCACUCCUGUUUUCCCCCCAUAAAAUCUAGAAGUGUGAUAAAGAUGAGCUGCUUCAAUUAAAUUCCUCUUAUUUGCAGCUAUUAGAUAAACAUUAAUUUGCACCAGUCAGACCAUGUAUGAAUAGCACAAAUGUAUUUUAUCAUUACAAUGCUGAGCUUUACAGUGCUUGAUCCCCCAGCUAAUAUUUUGUUUGAAGGGGUUUGGGUUACCUCAUGAUGUUUUCGUAGAAAAUCAUGACUGAUCCAGAUUUGUAAUUGUUUUCUUAAUUCAGUGUCCCAGUGUAGUCCUCACUGUACAAAGCCUGAGUUGAGCCUUCAGAAAACAAACAGGUAGGUCAGAAGGCACUAAGUGAAGAGGCAGCUCUUGAUCUUUAAAAGCAAAAUGGAAGGCUGCUGGUGGGUUUGAAAACUGUAAUUUGUCACAGGCUUCUGAUGGCAUUUAAAUAACCUAUCAAACCAAAUUGGUUUGAGGGUCACCGGAAUCCUCAAGGAUGAGUUGCUGCCUCAGAAUAAUUGCCAGUUGUUUAUAAUGAGAUCUGGCUUAUUAAAGUUAAGUUUCACAUUAGUUACUGUUGUGCAGUGAGGUUGGAGUCCAGAUGAGACGUGUUAAAGUUUCACCAAAAUCAUUGGUGCCACAGUUUUUCCAGGAAGGAAUGAAUAGGAGAGUAAACUGUGGUAUUUACAAUAUGGUUCCUCCUUUUGUACUGUAUCACCAAUGAGACUAUUGUCAGAAUAGUGCAGUAUGCCACUGGGAAAUCCAAAUCACUACCCUGCAUUGAUGCAAGAGUUAAUCAUGGGAUAGAAUGAUGGAUAUAGAAUUGCUCAAAUCCAGCUGAAUCCAAGAUGUAGUCUUUCUCCAGAGACAUGCAAGUUUAUAUGCAGCAAACAAAAAUCAUGCUUGCCUCCAGGGUAGUGAGUGAAUAUAGAAUCUGAAAUGGGGCAUGCUGUGCCUACCAAAUGCAAAUCAGUGAGUUGGCUGUUAAGAAAUCAGAAGGGUUUAAAAUGAAUUUGUGGUAUUCCAGUUGUGCAUCUUAAAUUUUAAAUCAUGCAGUUGUAAGGAAAAACUUAAUUGUUUUGAAAUAUUAACUAGGGUGUAUGGUGAUCUAUUUGAGUUCCUGCACAUUGGUCACCUGACAGUUAAAAUUUUGCAUCAGGCCCCCCCCCGCCACCAUACAUCAUUUUGACAGUUCAGUUGAGCACAAAAUAGUACAUUUAUUUGAGGUAGAGAAAAGAUAUUUAUCUCCAUAUUUAAUCUUUUUUUCUUGUACAUACUGCAGUGACAUUUAAUUUGAAUGAGAAGACUGCCUUUUUUUAAAAAAAACAAAGCUGGGCUUUUUCUGUGUAGGUACUGUUCUUGCAGAAACAAGUCCCUAGUUGGGGAAAAAAAAACGGGUGCUGUUGUGGGUUUUGUUUUAAUUCUUUGAUUUUCCUUGCUGUUGGGACCUACUCCAUAUUUGAAUUAUUGCUGUGAGACACAGGCUGGCCUUGAGUUAGAGUAAUAGCUGCAGUUUUUGGUGGUGAUGGAGGGCUUUUUCUAUUUCAUUAACAUGGGGACUUUAUUAUAUAGUAUAUAAAGAUUUCAUCUGAAACACUUUGGACUGUAAUUACUGCUUGAUUUUAAGAGGAAAUAAAUUGAACAUUCCAGAAAAAAAAACAUUCCAAUGGACAAAUAAGAUUUUCUGGAAUAUUGGUGAGCUUCCCUGAACAUGUUCUGUCCCCUUGCUGUUAUUAGCCUAUAAUUACCAUGUUUUUGAAAUGUGAUAAGUGAGGGCUGCCUUUCUACAUUUGAUCUAAGGGUGUUUUCCAUUGCUCUCUGCUACCUUAACCCUAUUAGAUGAAAUAAAUCAUCAAUAUUUUUGAGAAAGAAA